GUAGGAGUCUCUGUGGUUUCAAUGAUGCUUUGGAGAGCCUCCCAGUUUGAAGUGGAUUUACCAGUUUGCGAAACAGAUACAGAGACAGGUAGGAUCUGCCCCACCUCGGGAUAUAAAGCAUCAGUCGCUGUGCAGACGGAGUGCUCACUCACACUUACCCUGCAACAGACAUGGCCUUCGUACCAGCUCCCGGCUACCAGCCUGCCUUCAACCCCCCCGUCCCUUACACCACGAUGAUUGCCGGGGGGCUGCGGGUAGGAAUGGCCGUGUUUAUUCAAGCUGUUGUUCCCAGCAAACAUAACAGGUUCACCGUAAACCUCUCGACCGGUCAGUACGAGGGCUCGGACAUCGCCCUGCACCUGAACGCCCGCUACGACGGCCGCGACCGCGUCGUCUUUAACUCCUUGCAGGGGGGGGCCUGGGGGGACGAGGAGAUGAAGCGGGAAAUGCCAUUCAAGCCCGGAAAGGUCUUCCAGCUGCUCUUCGAGGUCACGCGAAACAACUACCAGGUGUCGGUGAACUGCGCCCCCUUCUAUGAGUUUGGCCACCGCAUCCCCUUGGAGAGGGUCCAGUGGCUCCAAGUGUCUGGUGACAUCACGCUGCAGUCUCUCUGCAUCAUCGGAAGCGGCCCUGCAGUCAAAGGGGGUCUUCUCAUGUCCGGCCCACAAGGAGAGCUCCCGCCCAUGCUGGGACCCCCCAUCCUGAACCCGGCCAUGCCCUUCACCACCAACAUCCGCGGAGGAAUGAUCCCCAAACGCACCGUGGUCAUUAAAGGCGUCGUGAAUUCAAAUGCAAAAAGCUUCAUCAUUAACUUUAAGGUUGGAUUCUCCAACGACAUCGCUCUGCACAUCAAUCCGCGCAUCAGCAAGUCCACGGUGAUCAGGAACAGCUUCGUGAACGGGGCGUGGGGGCAGGAGGAGAACGAACUGCCCCUCAACCCCUUCAAACAGGGGGACUUCUUCGAUAUCUCCGUGCGCAGCGGGGAGAAGCGCUUUAAGGUUUUUGUUAACGGCCAACAUCUCUUCAACUACGAGCACCGGAUGUGGACCCUGCAGCAGAUCGACACGCUGGAGGUGGAGGGCGACGUCAAACUCUGCUUCGUCCACCUCUAACCAGUCCAGGGGGCCGACCAGGGGCCAAACCGCGCCACCUCCCCGUCUGCUCAGUCUAAGCCAGUCUGCGGGGAUCAUGGCAAUAACCCCCCCCACGCGCGCAAUAACCCCCAGCUCGGAAUUGUUACGGAUCGAGCGGCUCCCCCGCCCCUUCCCUUUUUUAAUGAAUAUAAUCGGAUUUUACUCAAUUUCAAUGAAAAUAAAACGUUGUUAGAAAGUGAAA